UGUGUUUCAGGCAGAUUUUUGAUCAUUACACCAACAUGUACCCGCAGCUGAUCCAGAAUCCCAAAACGCUGGUGGCCGUGAAGCGCUUCAUGGCUAAGCAGGACGAGUGGUCUCGGGCUCAGGUGAAGCGUAACACCAGCGAUCCUCUGUGGAUUCACACAGGUCUGAUUCUGGCGCAGCUGGACGGACUGCAGGCUGGAGUGACCGACUGGGCCAAACAACACGGGAGGACGCCUCUGUCCCAGUUUGCCGUUCAGUUCCUGAAUGCGGUCGGUGAUCUGCUGGAUCUGAUCCCGGCGCUGGUUACCGGCGGGAUGCCUGGCUUUAAUCAGUAUAAAGCUCCUCCGAUGGGCCACUGCUCUGCACUCAUAAAGAUGUUGCCUGGCUUUGAGAACCUGUUGUUCGCUCACUCCAGCUGGUACACGUACGCCGCCACCAUGCGCAUCUACAAACACUGGGACUUCAGACUGAACGAACCGCAUACGGCCACCGGGAAACUCUCCUUCAGCAGCUACCCUGGGUUUCUGGUGUCUCUGGAUGAUUUCUAUCUGCUGGGCAGCGGUUUAAUGAUGACUCAGACCACCAAUAACAUCUUCAACACCUCGUUGUACUCCUACAUCACUCCUGCCAGUCUGUUCUCCUGGCAGAGGGUUCGACUGGCACACGCACUGGCAAGCACUGGAGAGCAGUGGGCCAAAACCUUCUCCAGAUACAACUCUGGGACGUAUAAUAACCAGUACAUGGUUGUGGAUGUGAGUAAAGUGAAUCUAGGCAGCAGUCUGGAGGACGGAGCGCUGACUGUGGUGGAGCAGAUCCCGGGACUGGUGGAGUAUUCAGACCAGACGCAGACGCUGCGCAGAGGUUACUGGCCGUCCUACAAUGUGCCCUUCCACCGUAAGAUCUACGAUCUGAGUGGAUAUGAGCAGAUGUGGAAGGAGCAUGGCGAGGAUUUCUCCUACGACCUUUGCCCUCGCGCCAAGAUCUUCCGCCGCGACCAGUCGUCUGUCAGAGACCUGAACUCCCUCAAACACAUCAUGAGAUACAACGAUUAUAAGAGCGACCCGUACUCGCAGGGCGACCCAUGUAAGUCCAUCUGCUGUCGCAACGAUCUGUGGGAGCAUCAAGCCAGUCCCGGAGGAUGUUACGACACCAAGGUGACGGAUCUGCACAUGGCUCAGGAGUUCGUGGCGGAGGCGGUAAACGGCCCGACCACAGACGGAGGGCUUCCCGUCUUCUCCUGGGGGCCGUUCAACAGCACGUCCCAUCAGGGUCUUCCUCCGAAAUACAACUUCAGCUUCGUCCUGAUGCAGCCGCAGCUCUUCCACCCCUGAGGAUCAUGGGAUCUCACAUCUGGCCUGCUUUUGAACUGAUUCUCUGUUCGCCAUCUGAUGCUGAAACCAAUCUGAACCUUUGAGUCUGUCAAAUCACUGUUUAUUUUGAGCCAUGAAAUCCACACUAAACUCUACAGCUGCCAAUCAGUCCAGCACUGUUUACAUCUCUCUUGAUUGAUAGAUUGAGUAAAUCGUAUUGCUUUAAUGCUCGUUUCCACUACACAAGAU